GCUUAAUUCCAUGUUAUGAUAUAACUCGAUGCCAAGUCGGCGUUAUAGCCUACGUCUACAAGCCCAUACAAAACGCAAAUGACGGCUAAUGAAUAUUAUUAUGUUACCGCGCAGUUAGCCUAUGAUUAUCUGAAAAGGUGUGGUCAGCUGGACAACUCACUAAUCAUACUAAACUACGACUCGUUAAUAUAAGACCUACAUGAAUCAUAUCACUGUAUGUAAAAAAAAAAAAAAAAAAAAAUCUUUUAUAUUAUUAUUUAGUGUUUUUCAUUCGUUUAAGUCAAGUGAGAACAAUUAUUCAAUUAAAUAUAAAUUUAAAAUAAAUAAAUAAAUAAAUUCAUGACAAUCUUGUGUAAGUGUCCUAACACAAGCGGAGAAAUGCAGGCAGUGGUCAGUGAAGUGCCCCUCGCUGGCUGUCACAAAAAAAAAAAAAAAGUUCAAUUUUAUACUUGUAGGCUAGGAUACUUAGGCCUACUUAUAAUAGUCGCAUAAUACUUGCAAACAGUUUACUUAGGCCUAAUUGUGCGAACAGGUUGGCACAAAAUAUUUAAAUAUCUAACGUUUAAAAUUUCGCUGACAGGUAAAUUACAGGUUGGUCUAUUUAUGCAAAAACUACAAUGAUCUAGGCUAUAAUGACGUUUUCAUAGAUCCAGCAACGAACGUGCUACUUAAUAUUCAUAAGGCAUACUUUAGACACGUCCGAAAGCCUGCCCCCGCGCUCUAAUGUUUUAAUGCAUUGUCUCUCAGACCUUCUUAAACCCAACAUAAAACAAACAUUGUCUAUGGAGUGUUUCAGCAAAUAUUAAUAAUGUCAUAAAUAAAUAGUUGGUAACUGAGAGUUCACGCCGUAAGAGUUCAUAAAUCAUUCCUAUGGAGCCUAAUUAAAAGCCACGCGUGUUUAAUUAGACAGUCUACAGUUCGAGGAGCUCGCCUGCCUGUGCAUCAUGAGUUUUAUGAGUAGAUUCCACGAUGCCUUUGUCCAAAAUAACGUUAACAUGGCUAUUAUGAUACUAAUUGAAGAAAAAUCUUCCGUAUCCUUGACCGAUCGACUGGACGAAGUUGUUAUCAAGGAGCUCCAUAAAAACGAACUUAAGAAUGUUUCCUUAAUAUUACAAGCAAUUGAACAUCUGAUCAGUAAGGAUAAGGACAGCAUCCAGACACUUGUUCAUCACGGCUUGGUUGUGAAGAUGUUGAAUUGGUUUGAGAUGGCGUCAGAGUAUCUUAAAGAACAGCACAAACCACCCAGGGACGCCAUGAAACUAAUAGAAGUUUUCUACGAGGUUGCAAUGAGUCUGUGUCAGAUCCCCAUUGCAGGCAGCAAUAAGAUCCUGGAUAUAUUUCUGCUGCGGUUUGGAGCUGUUGUUUUGGAUUAUGAAGUGCCUUUCUGUCUGCGUCUAGAGGCUAUCAGAACCAUAAACUCUAUGUUGGACAGCAGUCCCAAAGACAUAAGGAAGAAACUCUGCCAGUCAGAUGACCAUACCGGGCUCUUAGAAGACUUGGCAAAAGCGUUGACAGACAUUGGUGAUUAUGAAAUGCAGGUGGCGAUCUCUGAAGCACUCUGCAGGAUGACACCGAAGAAAUUAAGAGAAGACUUUGCUGGCAAAUGGUUUAGUUUCAGAAGCUUUGCUUCAGCAUUUACUUCAAUUCGUGACAAAGAUUUUGAAACUGACUGUAGGACAUUUCUGAAUGAACUUAAUAGUUAUUUUGGGAACUCAAGAAGAGUCUUCUCGUUCCCUUGUAUUCAGGCAUUUCUUGAUUCAGUUGAGCUCUUCAAGCCUGAAGAUGAGUUUCUAAAGGAAUUUUGGGUGGAUUUUAACAUUGGAACUUCCACCAUUAGUUUCUUUGUAAAUGACCCAAAGAACACACUGUGGGAGCUGAUUCACCUGCCUAAAGAUGUUGUCAGCAUGUAUGAUCUUCAAGAGCGUGAUGAUCAGAAGAUAUUGUCUGUUCACAUGAGUACCCCAAUCUUUCAUGGAGAGAUCACUGGCAAAAUGGUCAAAAUCAUUUUUAGUUCAGAGCACAACAUCCAAACAGCCCUGACGAAAGUCUUUGCAGAGAAACCACAGUCUGCCUCAGCCUCAAAGGACACUCUGCAAUCAGGUGAUGCUGUGACCAUGAUAGAAGGACCCCAAUAUGAACAAACAGUGAAGCUGCAGAAAUUUUCAAGUCCACCUGCUGGAGAAACUAAAGGCAUCCAUCAGCUUUCCCUUCAUUUGAGUGGACCAAGCAGAUAUUCAAGAUCAAAAGUCAAAGGAACCCCAGGCGAAGACAUCUUUCACUUUAAGGAUCAUUCAGAUUCAGAGGUGAUCCUUGAGGUGUCUCAAUGUCUGAGUGACACUUUUGACACAGAACGAUCAGGGAAGUCACAUGACAAGAAGCCAAAGACUAUAACAUUCAUGGCUGCUUUAUGGAGGUACCAGGUUGAGCGUGCCAAGACUGUAUUGUUCUGUCAGACACCAUCUUCCAACGGGUCUACAAAGUCCCUCCCUGACACUCUGGGUAGAAUUCCUGUGAAGAAGAAAAUAAGGGUGAUGCAUUCAGAAGAAGGAUUUCUCCGCAAGGACACGCCACACACUGACUACAGCAGGAGAAAGCCCAGAACUAAGGGCAAACUCAGAGUUCUUCCUCUUUCAUCACCCAGCAGUAAUGAGGAGGAAUUCUCCAAGUAUUCAACACCCAAACAAAGACUUCAAAUGGCAAGUGAAGACUGGCAGUCUCAAGUCAAACUAGGGAGAUCAGUGAACAUAGAAUCGUCCUUACUUAAAGAGACCACUGCUGAUUCAGGUUUUCAAAACAAGAGUGUUUCUGAAACCAGUUUACAAGCAGAGGAACUUGAUAAUGUUAUUGAAGAGGAGCACUGUUUAGAUAAAGAAACACCACUUCCCCAAAGAACUGAAGCACUUGAAUCAUCAGAGCUGUAUGUGGGUCUAAAAGGGGACAAGCAGCUACCCAGACAACCAACAUUCCAACCUAGAAGACUUUUCCUGUCUAGCCCACUAGAGGAUGCUGCAGAGCGAAUAACUGAAGUGUUGAUGGAAGAUGAGGAGUCAGAGGAAGAGUUGGGUGCAGGUGUCAGAGCUGCAUUUAACUCCUUUAAAACUCAGUUGAGAGCACACUUUUCUAGCAGGUAUAAGAAGAUUGAAGCCAGAUCACUGCAAUCUUUAACAGACUGUCAGAGAAAUGUGACCUCUCUCUUGGGAACUGUACACAAUCAAAGGUUGGAGCAUCUGGAGCAGUUUCAGAACACAGUGGUGCAGCAGUUGGAAUGUUUGGAGCAGGACUGUCUGUCUCUCAAAACCAUCGAGAAGGAGACUGUGAAUUUCUGGCAGUCGGAGUCUGACACAGUUCGGGCGUUCUGUGAUAGACAGCAGAAGAGGUUGGAUUCUCUCCUAAUCCCUAAUGCAAGUGCUGAAGCAUCAUUUAGUCUAUCAGCGAGAAGAGAGGCCAAAAUUACUGUGCCCACCCCUCCUCGAGGACAAUCAUCCAUGGUUGCCCUAUCAGAGACCACUACUGCAGAUCCCUCGUAGGACUUUACACUAUAUAGCUUUUUCUUUCAUAUGCCUUCAUUCUGUCUGUCUGAAACAUCUACUCCUAAUUAAAACAAUUGAAUUGUCAUUGUAAGUGUAUUAUAUAAUAUUAAACAUCACACAGCGUCA